AUGGCAGAUGUUGAUCACGAGGAGACCUUUGAGGGGGCUGAUGCUGGGGCCUCACAGACGUACCCCAUGCAGUGCAGCUCUCUCAGGAAGAACGGCUAUGUUGUUCUUAAGGGACGCCCUUGCAAAAUCGUAGAAAUGUCUACAUCCAAGACCGGCAAACAUGGCCAUGCCAAGGUCCAUAUGAUAGGAAUUGACCUAUUCACCAAUAAAAAAUAUGAAGACAUAUGUCCAUCUACGCACAAUAUGUCAGUGCCUAAUGUCGUCCGCACGGAUUAUCAGUUUAUGGGCCUGGAUGAUGACGGUUUCUUGAGCCUGAUGAGCGACACUGGGGAGGCCCGAGAAGACCUCAAAUGUCCAGAGGGUGACGCAGGAAAAGAAAUUAGAGAGAGAUCUGAAAGAGACGAAUCAUUCAAUGUGACAGUUCUCAAAGUCAUGGGGGAAGAAGUUCCAAUCGGUUGCAAAAGCGGCAAGGACUGA